CAGUACUACAAAAUGGAUGCUCGUAAUGUCACAACACACACACUAGUGUUAAAACACGAGUGACCGCGGAUCUGUUUGGACGUGAUGUUUGUGUGUAUAAGGUGAAUUAAAUCUGUGGUUGCGUUAAUGAUGAACAAAUUACUAGUACUUAUCGCUGUACUGUCCCUGGCAUAUUGCCAGGACAAGCCUGGAGACUUGGACGCGAUCAUCGAGGAAAUAUUCGGCGUGCCCACUGCCGGUCCAACCCCGAACACGCCCACACCCGUGACGCAGCCAGCUUCAACAGACAACCCCUUAUCAUGUAAAAUGAACGAUUCAUCGCCUGGCGAAUGUGUUCGUUACUACUUGUGUAAUGCCAACAACACUGUGAUAACUGAUGGAGUAGGCAAAGGAGUCAAAGACGGUCCAUGCCCAUCAUAUCUCGACGUGUGCUGUUCAUUGCCCGACAUCAGGAAGCUUGAUGACCUGAUAACUCCGGCACCUCCAGUUGACAAACAGCGUAAAGGUUGCGGUUGGCGUAAUCCAAAUGGCGUUGGUUUACGAAUCACUGGCGACAAGGCGAAAUUCGGGGAAUUCCCAUGGAUGGUUGCCAUAUACAAGAUCGAGCCAGUGGAUGCAGAUGAUCCAGUAAGCUGGAAGCUGAAAGUCUUCGUAUGUGGAGGUUCUCUUAUCCACCCAAGUGUGGUUUUGACUGCAGCGCACUGUGUAGCAGACUCUAGCGCAUUUAGAGUGAGGGCUGGGGAAUGGGACAUGAAGACCACGAAUAAGAUUUACCCUUACCAAGAUAGAGAUGUCAUCGAAAUCGUUAUUCACAAGGACUUUGAUAAGAACAGUCACUUCUACGACAUUGCUCUUCUAUUCCUCUCAUCUCCCAUGGAGUAUGCACAGAACGUUGGCAUCGUGUGCCUACCACCACCAAAAGAACGUACGCCGGGUGGAGCUCGAUGUCUAGCGUCUGGUUGGGGAAAGGACAAAUUUGGUAAAGAAGGACGCUACCAAGAUAUUCUGAAAAAGGUGGAAAUUGUAGUAUUAUAUAGACAAUCAUGUGAAAUUGAGCUACUAUUUACGCCAUAUGCGGACCAUUAUGAAUUGUCUGAGCUUUACUCGUCCUUUAUGUGUGCUUAUGGAACGAACGGGCAGGAUACUUGUGAGGGAGACGAUGGAUCGCCCGUUGUUUGUCCUAUUCCGAACGAGAAAGACAGAUACAUGCAGAGCGGUAUAGUCGCGUGGGUCAUUGGGUGUGGUCAGGAUGGGUCAGGUUUCUAUCUGGAUGUAGCCGACCUUCGCAACUGGAUCGACGACAAAAUGACCGGCAAAGGAUUUGAUCCUUCCAUAUACACAUAUUCAAAUUAAAUAAAGUGCAAGUAUUCUCUUGGCAACAUGGCGUCGCACCUGCCCUUUUUUAUUCUAGUAUGUUACAUUAGAAAACCGCUGUAGUUUGUAUUAAUGUUACCAUAGCAGUCUUGUUUAGGAGCGUGACACAUUUAUAUAAAAGUAGUGUUUUAAUUUAGAGUUUAUGUUUAGCGUUAGGCUAUCUAAUAUCUGUUUGGGUAGACUAUUUAUUAGCCGCGGUAGAAAAUACCCCAACGUUCUCUCGCCAUAUACGUUGUAUGCUCUCUAUGUACAGAGCCGAACUUGCAUUACUGCUCGAGUCAGUACGUCGUUUUCCAUUUGUUUUUUUUACGUCAUCUCGAAAAAAGUGCUCGACUAGAAGACAUUUACUUUUUUUGUUAUUAACAGUAUUUUUGGCUGUAAAUACGACAACUAACGUCUUGCUUUUCACGUGUUAAUUAAAUUUUUUAAACUUUAAUAAUAUUAAAUUUCAAAUACGUUAAACUAAUAAAAAAUAAUUGUAGUUAAUUCUGAUAUACCUCAUUUCUAACCUUAAAAUGUAUUAAAAUAUAUUAUUAAAAGUAGUCCCUUUAGACAAGGUUAAAACUUAAACUUAUCAGAUAUAUAUUUCGAUAAAAAACAUCGACGAUGAUAGCUGCUAGCUAUAACCAUUGUGAUACGUGACUGACAUAAUAUAAAAAAUCGAUAUAAAUACGAAGCAUAUAGAUACGAAGAGCUGGCAGCUACAUCGCACAAAGAAUUAGUCUAGCUAUUCAAAGGGGGAACGCUGCCAGUAUCUUCGGAACCUUGCCUAAAGGGACUC